AUGGCUAAUGUGGCCACUAACAGAAAGACGCGUCCCAACAUGAUCAUGACGGGACUGUGCAAGGCACGACCUGUGGACAGAAUGGCUUUCCCGGUACCAGAACACUUACCCAAACGUUCAACCCCUGUCGAUAUUUCAUCCAAAAUCCUCUACAAGAUUGAUUCAGCUACCAAAGACACCUUGACCUCUGCUUUGGUCUCGUCAUGGAUACACGACCUAGACAACUCGAUACAUGAAACGGAACAACGUAUUCAUGACCGCAUACAAUCCGACCUUCCUACAUUUCAGCAUCAACUGAAGACCUGCAAGUCUGUUCAAACCCGCUUUGAAACUCUAACGAGUGCCGUAGAAGAGCUGAGGAGCUCACUAUCUAACCCAGAGACUGGACUCGUUCCUACCCUCCUUUCGACCUUAGAGAAACAUUCUUCUUUGGCUCAAGAGGCUAGUGACGCUACCACUGUGCAUCAAGGGUGGUCAUACCUUGUGAAAUGCAAAAAUGCAUACUUGUCUGUGUUAUCAUUUGUUCAACAGGGUAAAUUACCAGAGGCCGUAGAGUCUAGUGUUGAGGCACAGCAUCUUGUGGAUGGUAUGCCAGAAUAUCUCAAACAAACCUCCGUUGUUGUCGAUCUGAAGCAAAAAUUCAAUGCAAUCAAAGCAAAAACGCAAGAUCAACUCAGCGACGCAUUCUCAAGGAGUAUUACUAUCACUUCGACUGAAAUCACAGUCUACCCAAGGGUGCAAGUGAGACAGUCCGAUACAAUCCUUGACCUUUCCGCCAUACUACGAUCCCUUGAACCGUCCUUGUUAUCAAGUUACUGGUCCACAUUAAGGAGAGAUCUAAUGGCACACUUUGUCGACCACAUCCUUAAGCAGCCUUAUAAUGUGAUAGUGAAAAGCUCGCUUGGACAUGAAGUACAGCUAUCGCUUAUCCCCGCCCCACCAAAUACAGAGGACCUCAGGACACGUCUGGAUAAUGUAUCAACUGUAUUGAAGUUUCUGUCAUCCAAUGUGUUUCCACAUCUUCCCUCACAGGAACGUUGUCAAUUUAUACGGACCCUAGCCAAACCUGUCACCACGAGUGUUCUCAAUAACCUCUUAAUGCCAUCACUGCCUGGUUCUUUUGGCCUUCUCCCGUCAUACCUCGAACUUCUCAAGCGCGCGGUAUCUUUCGAAGAACAUGAUGUUGGUAUUACUUUGGAGAGUGAUGUAAAAGAAGGGUCCAUCCGACUCUGGUCAGAUGGUGUUUCUGGUCACUACGAAAGGCGACGGCGAGUCGAGAUCCUAGAACUUGCACGUAAAGAAGUCUUACUACCCGAAGACAACGAAAUAUUUGAGGCAUAUACGGAAGGCGGCCCUGAAACCUCAUUACCCAGUGUCAUUCCGGUUCAACCUGACGAGGACUUCAGAGAGGAUGCAUGGGGAUUUGAUGAGCCCAUUACUGCAAAUUCUACGGCAGAACCUGCGGAUGGUUGGGGCUUUGACGAUGAUAUGGAUAUUGCGCCAGCUGCAGAAUCUUCAAAUGGAAACGAUGAAGAGGUGGAACCGAUUACUCCUGUUGAUUCUAACACACCCGUUGAUUCAAAGUUUGUCGCUGAUACGACCCAGAACCCAGAACCUGAUCCAGCCGAUGCGUGGGGUUGGAACGACGAUGAUGAUCCUCCUACGGAAGAUGUCCCCGAAGACAAUCCAUGGGAUGAUCCUUGGGAAGAUUCUACCCCUGUAGAACUUGUGCCCGAACCACCCAAACCCCCGCCGAUCGCAUCUUCGACUCCUGCCAAAGCUGCCACAAGACUGGAAAAAUUGGCGUCUAAAAACAAGAAACAUCUCAACGGCAAAACACAUUCUGUACUUUCAUUCCCCCCAACCCCCGAAACGCCUCCACAAACAAUAACAUUUACACCACCAUCGCCUACAUUACCACCUUCACCCAAAGUUGCUCCUCCCAAAGUCAAUCGCUCCAAUGGCACAAAACGUCCCGCAGACGUUGUGACAACAAUUGUACCCAAGGAAUUGUACAAAGUACCCAAAAGAACGAAACGCAUUUUGAAAAUGGUUGAGACCGUUAUCGAUGAGAGCAAACUCUUUUACGCAUCUAAUUUAUUUCCACCUUCGCUGGAUUCUGCAUCGACACCUGGUGCUAUUCUCGUUCAAUCUGCUUCUUCAAUAGUGGAGCUAUAUUUGGCCUUAUAUCCUGUUAAAUUUUCUAAAGAGCUCGAGUCUGCGGAACGGGGAAUGCUGUUUUCAAACAGCUGUCUGUAUAUGUCUGGCUCUAUUCAGCGAAUAGAAGACACAAUAUACGGACAGCCCACCCUUAAAGAACGAUUGAUGGAAUGCCGAAAUCGUCUGCAAAUCUUGGGGCACAAUUGGUUUGAUGAUACUGUUGAACGUCAGCAGCUCAAAGUCAACCAAAUAUUACUCGACGGGGCCCAAGGAUUUACCUACACCGGAGAUCAAGACCGGUACGAUGAAUGCGAAGCAGCGGUCAAUGAAACACUUCAACAUAUCAAACGUCUUGCCCAAAAUUUGAAGGGUAUCCUGACCAAACACAAAUACUAUUCUGCACUUGGUGCAGUCGUCGAUACCGCCCUUCUGAGAAUUUUGCAAGACGUACUGGCCCUGUCGGAUAUACCCGAAGUUGAAUCGCAUAGAAUAAGCGAACUUUGUCGCAUUCUAACUGCACUGGAAGGUCUUUUCAGCGAGGAUCCACAGGAGCCCUCUUUCGUCUUGGAAUUUGUACCUAACUGGCUCAAGUUUUCAUAUCUCUCCGAACUUUUGGAGGCAUCCUUGGCAGAUAUAACAUAUUUGUUUGAACAAGGCGCACUUGUUGAUUUCCAAGUUGACGAACUUGUGAAUUUAGUCCGAAGUCUGUUUUCGGACACCAUAUUACGGACAAAUACCAUAAAUAAAAUAAUGGGCGGGCAUCCCGUUCAAUCUCACUGA